AUGCCCUCUCUCACAGUAGCAGUCGCCCAAUCCCGCACACACGACACCCUAGCUGAAACCCUCCGCGCCCUCGAACGAACAACCGCCCUCGCCGCCCGUCGCGGUGUCCACCUCCUCCUCUUCCCGGAAGCCUAUCUAGGCGGAUACCCGCGGACAUGUUCGUUCGGUUCUGCGGUGGGAAGUCGACACCCGCGCGGCCGGGAUCAAUUCCUCGCGUACUUCAAGGCAUCUGUUGACCUCGGCGAUACGCCGGCUGGGGCCGGUGAUGACUGGAUUGGUCGCAGGCUGGAAAUUGCGGAGGGGAAGAGGUUCCGGGGAGACGGGACGAGGGAGUUUCUUGAGCGUGUUGCGAGGGAGACUGGGGUUUUUAUCGUUACGGGCUUGGUGGAAAGAGCCGGUGGUAGUUUGUAUUGUGCUGUUGUUUAUGUUGAUCCUGUUAGAGGUGUGCUGGGGAAGAGGAGGAAGGUUAUGCCGACGGGCGCUGAACGCAUGAUCUGGGCUCAGGGAUCUCCCUCGACCCUCCGCGCUGUUACAACAACCCUAAACGGUAUCCCACUAACCAUAGCCUCGGCAAUCUGCUGGGAGAACUACAUGCCCCUCCUACGUCAGAGUCUGUACUCCCAGAACGUCAAUAUCUAUCUCGCUCCCACAGCCGAUGCCCGUAGUACCUGGCUCCCGCUCAUGCGCACCGUCGGCAUAGAAGGCCGCUGCUUCGUGCUCUCGGCGAACCAGUGCGUGCGCGGCUCCGAGCUGCCGGAGUGGAUUACCGGUGAGAAUACAGGUCAAAGCCAGGAUCGAAAUCAAACCCAGGAUAUUACCAUGGGUAAAUCGCCGGAUCCUGCUAGGAAACUGUCCAUCACUACUGAGGGUCCGCAUGAGAUUGUCUGGCCGCAAACUCACAGUGAGGUCCAGGGUCAGAGCCAGGGUCAGGAUCAGGCUGAGAGUUCUCCCGCGCCGAAUACUAAGGAUUCCCUGGCUCCUUCGAGCUCGGUACGGGAUUAUGUCUGUCGUGGUGGAAGUUGUAUUGUCUCGCCGCUUGGGGAGGUUCUUGCUGGUCCGCUGUGGGAAGUCUGCACGGAUGACGUGCCCGAUAGUAGCGAUGCUGCGGUGACGGAUUCCGCACUUGGCAUGUCGGCUACUGAGUCUAGUCCUACUGUCGCGGCGGGUGAUGGGUUGGCUAUCGCGUGCAUUGACUUGGAUGAUUGUGAGCGUGGACGGCUUGAUCUCGAUGUUGCAGGGAGUUAUUCGCGGAGCGAUGCAUUUAAAUUCGAGGUUGAGGGGUUGGAUCUGGCGCCACCGCCUUUGUAG